CCUUCAUAAUUAUCGAACAACGUUUCCCUAAUUGUUUGUUCUUCGUCCUUAUCUUUUAUCAUGAUAAACUUCAUACAUUCACCAUUUAUACCAUUGAACAAUAGGUGCUUUAAAUGUUAUAACUUGUAGGUACGCGCCAAAACGCAAUUUUAUAAUUUGUACGAAAUGUAAAAUCGUAAAUCUCAUAUUUAAUCAAGAAAUAUUGUACUUCCACAAGAAUGAGUAGCUUCAUGAUCUGGGAAGCCAAAUAAGUUGAAAUCAACUUAUUUUAUGGUUUCCCCUGUUGUUUCUAAUACAUUUUUUUCCAAAAAUGAUUUAAUUUAUCUUCAUUAAAGUAAGUAAAGGGUUAAAUUCAAAAGGUAACGUAUAAAAAAAUCGAUUUUUAAAUUUAUAGGGGUAAAUCUGUGAUUUAAAGUCUUGCGUAAAGUUGAUUUUCCACUGUUUAGGAUAAUAAUCUCAUUAAUAUCUUUUAAACAAAACCGACUUUCUAGUUUCAUAAUAUAAUAUUUCAAACUUUUAAAAACAUUUCUAAGUAAUAGUACAUUAUCCUCAAUUUGCAUAAUAAAUUAUUAUUGAAAAGUACGUUAAACAAUUUAAUUAAGUAACUCGAAUAAAUAUUUCUCUUGCCAGAGAAAGUAGGUAUUUCCUAGUACACAAUGCAACUAUCAAAACAAAGUCACUCGUGACAAUAAUAUUUGCUAUUUUGUUUAUUGCUUGCUUCCAAUCAAUCAACGGCUUAUAUUGCUUGUAAAAAUUUGUUUUUUAUUUAAUUGACCUACUGGAAUUGAACUUUUCAUCGGUAGGGAUGAUGCUAUAGGUGAACAAAUUUUAAAUUUUAUUUUGAAUUUUUAUUUCUACUUAUUACUAUCAAAGUCAUACAUUAUUCAAAUAGCAACAAGUAAUACAUAUCGGACUUAGUAAUAAAUUAUUAAAGACCCAAGUCUCGCUCCUAAUUUUUUAUGACCACAUGCAAAAUGUAUUUGCAAUGUACUUCCAAUAUGGUUCGAUUAGUUUGUUAAUUUCCGGAGUUGUGAAUUUGUACGCGUAGUGACUCUUGUUUCAUUCUGGUAUUAAGUGAUUGCGAAUACUCCCACCCUAUUGGAAUCUUACACCUUGAGAACUUUAUCUUUUGCAUCAGUCUUACCUUAAUGACCCUAGCGAAAGAAUCGUGACAACAGUUAAAAGUUUCUUUAACAAUUAUCAAAUACGUAUAAUGAACCAAUCGGACGCAAAAGGCGACGACGGCAAACUUGGCGAAAAACAGGGACGAAAGAAAUCCGAUAAGAAAAAGAAAAGUAACUUUUUAAUAAACAAAUUUAAACUUGUCAAAAGAUCGUCAAUAUCGAGUAUUCAUUCGAUUGAAAGUCGUCAAGAAUACGAUUCUGGUAAAGACGGUCAAUCGUGUUCAGUCACCGAUUCAACAGCUGAAAGGUGGACGCCAGAAGGUGACGAUUUAAUAGAGAACAAAACGUCCGAUGCAAAUUUGCCCGAAACGUCGUGGAAGAGUAUCGAAAAUAUAGCUGACGACUCGCGAUCAGUGACAAGUGAACUUAAAAUCGAUGAUACUCAUCAUUUGCAUAAUGUCCCUUCUACUUCCGAAUCCAUUUCUGAGAUAAAAACAAGGGCCCAAUCUGUCGAAGCAUUCAAAGAAAUGCCUGCAUACGGAGACCUGAUUAUUGAUACGUUAAUGAUAAGUCAAGAUCGUAUUAAACCAAGAGAUCACUUAUACAAGAUAUUAGUAAUUGGCGAUUUAGGAACUGGGAAAACUUCUAUAAUUAAACGAUACGUCCACGAAUUCUUUUCACAACAUUACAGAGCCACUAUUGGAGUAGAUUUUGCACUGAAGGUGCUUAAUUGGGAUGAAAAUACUAGGAUAAGACUUCAGUUAUGGGAUAUAGCAGGACAAGAAAGAUACGGUAACAUGACAAGGGUGUAUUACAAAGAAGCAGUCGGAGCAUUUAUUGUUUUUGACGUAACAAGGGUUAAUACUUUCGAAUCUGUAGUUAAUUGGAAAACAGACUUGGACUCUAAAGUUCAAUUAUCAGACGGCUCAUCUAUUCCUUGCGUUCUUUUGGCAAAUAAGUGCGAUCAGCCUAAAGAAGGCCUAGUAAAUAACCCAGCAAAAAUGGAAGAGUAUUGUAAAGAAAAAGGCUUUUCAGCUUGGUUUGAAACUUCAGCGAAAGAAAAUAUUAAUAUCGAUGAAGCUGCUAGAGCUUUAGUUAGUCAGAUCCUUCUAAAUGACAAAAUUAUAAAUAAUAUUACAUAUAAAGACAGCGAUCAAUUUUCGUUAAAUGAACAAAAGAGAACAUCUGGAAAAGUCUGUGCCUGUUGAUUUAGAUUAAUUAAUCCGUUUUUUACUCACUAGUGUUAGGAACAAGAAGAAACAUAUUUUACUUUUAAACACUCGACUGUACAAAAAUAAUUUUAAUAUAUAAUAAACACGUACUGUUUUCAAUUUUAA